UGCCUUGGUCACAGUGUUUUGCGAACUGCUCUUCUCUAAAGGGGAGGAAAGGAUGCGUACAAAUCAGCCAGCCCCCGUCCUGCAGUUUAAGCCGUGUGCUUGACUGUAAAGAUGAAGAUUUCUCUCAGCAGAACUUUUAGUUUCAGAACUUGUACAAAGAAAGGACCUUUUCUCUUUUCCUGAAUGAACUUCUUCCUACAGCAGAAGUAGCAUUACACGUACUUUAGUUAAAAUGAUGAAAAGGCGGAAAGGGGGAUGACGUAUUUCGAAGGGGGUGUUUCAGUGGUGUGAGGAUUGCGGGCUGUGGUUGGGUAUGCCAGUGCCACGUGUCUGCGCUUGCACCUCUCUUCUCUACACAGAGGAUGUCGGACUGAGACCUUAGUGCGCCUGGUCAAAGUGGGGUGAGUGCUGCCCUGUGAUGCCUGCGAACACUUUGAUGGUGUUUAUUUGAUUGCAAUCCUUCCACAGUCAUCACGUUACACUGGGAGGAUCACAUCUUGAGAGGGAAUGUUGAGCAACCUGCUAUAAGACGACACCAGCUGAUUUGGCGAAAGAAAUCUGUAAAGGACUUCAUUCUUUAUUUCUUUUCCGGUUCCUGAAUGAGCAUGCUGCAUUCCCUUUGUUCCAUCAUUUGGCUGAACCGCGGGUUCAAGUUGAGAAAAGUGGCCUGUUCGGCUAACACCGGCCAGGUCUAAGCCUUUCCUACCGCGCAUGCCAGCUUAUGAGCUCCGGUCAGUAGUGCUUAGCUUUCAACUAAACGUCCUACUGUACGACAUCAUUCGCACCCUUGCAAAGUUUCACCCCCAGUCCGACACUCUUCUGCCAGGGGUGAUUGUCAUUUCAUACUCUGAAAAUGGCUGCUAAUGGCUUCCAGUACAGAUCUCUGUACGCCUACUGUAAGGACUGGGAGGAUGACAUUGACCUUGAGCCCGGUGAUAUCCUGACGGUCGACAAAGCGUCUCUGCUGUCACUGGGCAUCAAAGAGGGAGAUGAGCAGCACCCGGAAUGCAUCGGCUGGAUCUUAGGGUUUAACGAGCGUACCAAACAGAGGGGAGACUUUCCGGGUACGUACGUGCAGUAUGUGGGACCUGUGAAAAUGUCAAUGCCGUCCUGCCAGCCUCGUUCUCAGAGACCGCUUCCUGCUGUUCCCAGACCUGAGCCAACUUUGCAGGUUGCUCCAGUCCUGGACUUAACCAAACAGUUCACACACCUAGAAACUGCUCCCCCAAAUCUUAUUAAGUUGGUCGAAGCAAUUGAGCAGACAGGUCUGGACUCUAUGACACUUUACAGGACAUCCACUGCUUCAGCCUCUGACAGUCAACGACAGAGCCUCGCUGAGCUGCAGGAGUUGGACGUGGGACAGUGGGACAUUCAUGCACUCUCGGAGGCUCUUAUUCGGUACCUGCAGGAACUUCCUGCCCCCAUCAUCCCUCCCUCUGUUUAUACAGACCUUCAGGCUGCAGUGAAACUAGAAUCAGACGUUCCCUCCGUGAGGCGACGAGAGCAGCUGUGGGAGGCACUGGGGAAGCCUGAAGUUCCACUGCAGAACAUCCUGACGCUGCAUUAUUUGCUCAGACACCUGGAGAAGGUCUGCCAGUGCGCGGAGCACAACGGCCUUGACAUUCACACCCUCGGCCAAAUCUUUGGCCCUCUGCUGAUCAGGGGCCCUGUGAGCGGGUCGGAGGAAGAUGAGGGGUUUCCUGCGGUUGCAGUUGAGAGACUUCUUUUGGAGAGAAUUUGGGAACAAGAGCCGACCCCUCCCGCUCUCCCUCCUAAACCGCCCAAAGCCAAAGUCAUGGCCUCAUCUGUGACCAAUGGAAACAACAGCUUACUGAGUGACGCUGAAUGGUACUGGGGAGACAUUUCAAGAGAGGAAGUGAAUGAGAAGAUGAGAGACACUCCUGAUGGUACGUUCCUGGUGCGGGACGCUUCAAGCAAAGUGCAGGGAGAGUACACCUUGACCCUCAGGAAAGGAGGCAAUAACAAACUGAUCAAGGUUUUUUACCGCGGGGGGAAGUACGGAUUCUCAGAACCUCUUACUUUUUUCACUGUGGGGGAGCUCAUCAACCACUACCGGCAUGAGUCACUGACUCAGUACAACGCCAAGCUGGACACUCGCCUGCUCUUCCCCGUGUCUAAAUAUCAGCAGGAUCAGGUGGUGAAAGAGGACAGUAUUGAGGCGGUAGGAGAGCAGCUGAAGGUUUAUCACGAGCAGUUUCAGGAGAAGAGUCGUGAAUAUGAUGUACUGUAUGAAGAAUACACACGCUCAUCACAAGAGCUGCAGAUGAAGCGAACAGCCAUAGAGGCCUUUAAUGAGACCAUCAAGAUCUUUGAGGAGCAGUGUGAGACCCAGGAGCGCCUCAGCAGAGAGAACAUUGAGAAGUUUCGCAGAGAAGGCAAUGACAAGGAGAUUGAGAGAAUUCAGAGCAACUCUGAAAAGCUGAAGUCCAGAGUGACAGAGAUUCAUGACAGCAAGAGGAAAUUGGAACUGGACUUAAAGCGGCAAGCCACAGACAAUCGAGAGAUAGACAAGAGGAUGAACAGCUUGAAACCAGACCUCAUACAGCUGAGGAAGCUAAGGGACCAAUACCUUGUAUGGUUGACUCAGAAAGGCACCAGGCAAAGGAAGAUCAACGAAUGGCUGGGUUUAAUGAAUGAAUCAGAAGACUUCUAUUCUCUGUUGGACGACGAUGACGAUCAAGCACAUCACGACGAGUGCUCCUGGUACGUAGGGGACAUCAAGCGCACACAGGCGGAGGAUCUCCUGAGAGGCAAACGAGACGGCACCUUCCUCAUCAGAGAGAGCCAGACCCAGAAAGGCUCCUACGCAUGCUCUGUUGUAGUGGAUGGAGAGAUCAAGCAUUGCAUGGUUUACAAGACGGCCACAGGUUUUGGAUUUGCUGAGCCCUACAACCUUUACGGUUCCUUGAAAGACUUGGUCCUGCACUACAAACACACCUCUCUGGUCCAGCACAACGACUCACUGAAUGUAACCCUGGCCUACCCGGUCCUCGCACAGCCGCCUAGAUGAGCACCCUGACACGACACUGCCGAGGACACGCAUAUAAAGCAUGAUUAAGCACAUUAUACAGAGCAAACUAUACUAACACCGAACUUUUACGUUUAUCAUAGAGAACAGAUAAGCACAGUAUAUUAUCGUAAGUAAGCGUACGGCUUUUUUGUAAGCCCAUAGUUUUCCGUGUCAAAGUCAGCUGCAGUAAUUACGGUAAGAUCACAGCUUGUGUACUCUGUAUUUGUUGUCCCAAUACAAGAGAGAGGCAAGUGUCACAUGACUCCAUGAAAGCUCGAACUAGUGCCGUAGUCCUGGAUAUUUUCGAUUAGGACAUGGGUCAGGAAUGAGAUGAGGAAUUAACUGAAAGCUUGCAGCUGUUGAUAAUCAAUCUUUUAGCUGUUACGCUGCGUUCAAGCCAUGUCGUAAUUACCGUAGUCCUGAGAUGACAACAUCUGAUUUUCUAUUCUGAGCUGUACCGUAAUUACGGUAAUAACAACAUGGCCUGAACUCACCUUUAUGUCACUGUGUAUUUGUUUGGUAGUUCGCUUCUGUCAACCAUAUCAAUAGAUUCCUCUUUAUGUGAGUUGUCCUGUAGAAGAUGUGAAAUUAUUUUAUAUAUCAGAUUUUGUUGAGGGACUCUGAAGUCCUUUUAGCUUCUAAUCUGCCUCUUAAAAGCUAGUCGUCAUGGUGAGAAUAAAUAGCCAUCAACACUCGUGUACUUUUAUUUGAGAUUUUACACCACAGCGCCGAAGUCUGGCAUCUUAAUGGUUUCUGUGGGCUGGUAUUGGUGCUUCCUGCUAUAUUUUUGAUUCUUGGAACAUGAGAAUGAUGCAUAGCUAUAGCGAACCGUUAAGA